CGCCGGUAGCCCGCCAUGUUCGAGGCUGUGUGGGCUGUAAGAGCUCUGACUAUGGGAGACAUUGCCAAAGGAAAGAAGGCAUUCGUCCAGAAGUUAGAGGAGGGUGGCAAUCACAAAUGUGGGCCCCAAACCUCCUGUGGUCUGUCGAGACCAAGACCGGGCGCAGGCCAGAGGGCUACUCGUACAGCAGAUCAGCCAACAACGAGUAAAGGUAUUGUGUGGGGUGAGGACACCCUGAUGGAGUACCUGGAGAACCCCAAGAAGUACAUUCCUGGAACCAAAAUGAUCUUCGCUGGAAUCAAGAAGAAGGGAGAGCGCCAGGACCUCAUUGCAUACCUUAAAUCGGCAACAUCAUGAAGUAGUCAUCAAAAAACAGAAUAUUUAAUGUCAUUUUAUUGUAUUUUUUUGUUUUGUAGGAUUGCACAUGGUAAAUCUAUGGUUUUAUGUUUAGUCAUUUGUACAUACGGUUAAUUUAUGUUGUCUAGGGUUUGAAAAGAAGCACUUGUGAGUUCACAGCAAGUGUUACUUCCUCUUUAAGGUCAGGGUGUGAACAAUUGUUCAAGUGGCUAAACAUAAAACUAUUCUAUUUUUUUGUCUGUGUACUACUCUGACUCUUUGAGACGAAAGAGUAAUCCCAUUAUUUAAAAUAUCUAACAUGAUAGGUUGCCUGACCUGUCACCCAUUCUGUUUUCCAUGACAACACUUGUCCAGUUCUUUCUCUAGUGGAGCCAUUCGCCAUCAUCCACCAUCCUCACUUUUAAAACUAUAACUGAAAAAGUAAUCUAAUAUUCGGUACAUCAGCGUGAGACAGGUUGGAAAAUCCUGGGAUUUUUGAUGGUAAAUUUGUGACAUACUUGCUGAGCUCUUCAGAUUCCACACAUUGAAUUUUUUGUCCUCUUAAACGUCCGAACAAAACCUGGUGUUGCAUUGUACGACUCCUGACAGAUCUGUUGAAGCACAGCCCCUCUGAGCUCCUGUUUUUAACCUGCUGCCAGUCAUCAGAGUAUGUACAGGUUUUUGUAACAUUGUGCUAACGGUGUCUCACUGUUAUCUGCCUCUUUGCAGCUAAGAAUUGUGGGGGUGUGAAUAUGUAUUACUGCCUUCAAAACCACCACCAUGCUGAGAUCCCUGCAGUGUGAAAUCAGCUGGCAUACUGUCACCAUGCCUACCAAUGUUGUGGAGCUACUGUAUUGUGUAUAUUAAAACAUCAAGGGCACCAUCUGGAGGGACAGAGCGAUGUGUUAUUUACCUGGUUUCACAGGCCUGAACGAGUGUAGUUUUAACUUAUUUUACUGUAAUCUGACAGACUGCAUCUACAAUGUUGUGAUGGGACUGCUCACUCUCGGUGUGCACAGCAAUACUGUAUGCACUUAAAUAAUAAUAUAAUGUGGUAGCUAUGUUGUGGACAGGAUGGAUGCAGGAGCAAUUAAAAGAACACGUCCAGAAAUGUAAA